UUGCUCCAACAGAAGGUCUAAAGGUUCUUGCAAACUGGAGUCUCAAUGGAUCCGAAACAGGAUUAACAUUGCAUGGAGGACCGACAUUUGUCGAAGGUCGUUUAUCAGGCACUAAAGCUAUUGCCUUUACAAAGAUGAACAGCUAUGCAAGAAUUCCAAGUGUCAGYCUUCAAUACAGAAGYUUCUCCAUUGCUGUUUGGAUAAAAGUGUACAACAUUCUUUCACAUGGACAGCAUUUUUUCAGUGAUUGGUCUAGUUCUUAUAAUUUCUUUUUUUCGAUAUCAGCAAAUGUUGGGAACCUCAUCUUCAAACGCCAUACAACAAAYGGCUUUUGGCCUYAUGCAAAAACCGAUAUAUCUAUCCCUGCUAAAAUAUGGCAUCACGUUGCCGUUACAUGGAACAGCUUAACCUUGGAAWACAAAUUUUACGUGAACGGAACUCAAGUCCAUUCAAGUAUAUUGCCACAAGAUAAGACCAGUUGGCGGCCUGAAAGGUCAACCUUCGAACUUGGAGACAGUGCUCAUACKUCUGAAAGUCAGUUCCUUGGUGAACUAAUGGAUCUUUAUAUCAUUGAUGGUAUAGUGACAAGUGAAGAAAUCAAGUCUAUCAAAGAUAGCGAUGGAAGAGAAGGUUGGCCUGGGUCAAGAAAUGUUGUUUCAGGUAAAUGA